AUGAUAGCUGUGCUUGGGAGACUAAGUAUGAGGCCAUACAGAGAAUGUUUUAAGGACAUAGGGUAUGAGGAUGAUGCCGUGCCACAUAUUCUGUUUUGGGAUAUUUCCAAUUGGAAUUCGCCAUCGUUUGAUUUACCUUUGAUUGACUCGCCUCGUCCAGGGUUGACUCUGUUGCGUGGCUGGUCCAACAAUUUGGUCAAGUCCUUCUUGGACAAUGGUGGGGAUUUUCGCCCGCAUCAUCUCAUGGAAGCUGCCGUUGCUGUGGUCGACUGA